AGCUCAUCUCCUCCAACUUGCAAAAUAUCAAGAGCAAAGAUUAGAAACCAUCCACUUGAUGGAUACUGCAAAGCCUCCUAUACCUAUGCUUCCACAAAAUGACGUUCCGCUGGCACGAGUCUGGCUGCAGGCGACCAGAGGUCUCUACACUCAGUGGCACACCAUGUUGCCAUUACUGUUUCGCUCUCCCAUCGCUGGAGGACGCUGGGAAUAAUCCUGACAUUCCCAUUGCACAGCCUCCUCAACUUGGGAACCGAGCUCAGAUGGGCCUUGCAUGGCCAUCUGUGGUCAAUUACACCAAUGAAACUAUGUCCUCUGAUGGCGAAGCCUCCUGCUAUCAGCAGUCUCGGAUAUCAGAUGAAGAGGGUCCAGGAAAGAACAACGGACAAGAUCAGGGUAGCUUUCCAGCAUUGAAAUCCCCGACACGGACUUCCCCAGAGACUUUGUCCCAUGGCGAUAUUCGUCUUCUUCGAUUGAGACCUGCUCCGGCUGAUGACCCAAUCCAUGCCAAUAUCGAGAUAGUACACCUCCAAGAUCCUUUACUUCCAAGAUAUGAGGCCUUAUCAUACACUUGGUCUGACGAUUCUGGUGAUUCUGACCGAUCGUGUCCAGUAUUCCUUGGUGUAUACUGGGAUAUCGCAUAUGUUACACAUAAUUGUGAGCGAGCACUUCGAGCUAUCAGAGAUCACAAGGUCGACAGGUUGAUUUGGGUUGACUCCCUGUGCAUCAACCAGUCAUGUUUAGACGAAAAAAGCCAACAAGUUGGCCUGAUGCGUGAGGUUUUCUCGAAGGCAUCCAAGGUGAUAGCCUAUCUUGGUGGCGAGUCUCCUGAGAGCAGCACGGCUCUUCGUUUUCUCCGGGAGACUUCAAUAGCCGGACCAAUAACUUCCGAAAUUACUACGGUUAUCGAUCGAGAUCUCCGAAAGUGUCUCCGUGUUCUAUUUCAGAGACCUUACUUCACGAGACUGUGGGCUGUCCAAGAAAUCCUUUUAGCCAAGGACCUCGAAAUAGUCUCUGGGAGACACUCAGCGUCUUGGCCAAAAUGGAUUUCCAAAUUGGUCGAUCCCAGUCUUCAAGUGCCGCCCUGGCUCUUUCGAGAUCAGUCAUGGUACGGCUUCACCGGUCAAGAUCUGCUACACAUACUGCUAAAAACGUCACCGUAUGAAUGCUCAGAUCCUCGAGACAGGGUCUUUGCAGUCCUCGGCCUAAUCUACAAAAAUGACAUAACUGCCGACUACAGACUACCUGUCGAAAGCAUAUACACAGGAAUAACUGCGUAUAUUAUUAAGAACUGCACGAUGAUGGAUGUUCUUUCACUAACUGGGACGAACAAGAGAACAUUCAAUACGCCGUCAUGGGUCCCUGAUUGGUCUCAAAAAUCAGUGCGUGUCUUUCCAAACAACCUCCUUGGCCCGGAAGGAGAGUUUCUGGCUGAGGACGGCAUCCUGCAGCUCUCAACACGGGUGACGUUCCAUGGAAUUGUGGACUGUAACCAGGAAACGCAGAUUAGUGCUGAUACGGGGUCUAUGCGAAUUUGCGCCGUGAAACUCUGCGAUAUUACUGGAAUGGUAUGUAACCGUAAGGACUAUACCUAUAUCGUAAUGCAAAUCGGACAGCGAGGGACUUUCAUUAUCACUCUUCCUGGUCCGAGAUACGAAAUCAGCACCGAUGCUGUGUUCCUGCUCAGUGGAUGGGAUCAUCCUGUAAUUCUCAGAUAUCACGGGGAUUCAGACACUUACUCGCUGGUAUCACCAUGUAUUCUUUCCUUUGGACCUCCUCCCUCACGGACUUGGUUCAGUCCCUGGGAGCCGAAGACGAGUUAUUCUCGACAAGAUGGAAUACAAGUGUCAGCAUUUGUCCCAGAGGAACACGAUCUGCUUCUGGAAUUUCAUUCAAGGUUACAAGAGAUAUGCAGCAUCCCUACAUCUUUGACAUCUCAACAAGAUACGAGCCCAUGUCUCUCCACCAUCACAAAUAGCACGCUGAGCUUUUUUCUGUUAUCAUUGACAUCUCUUCGGGAUAUUGAAACCCGCCUAAGAAAAGCAUGGGAUCAGUCAAACCGCAGGAUGAGAUGGAUGUUCCAUGAUCAGGCCGCCAUCUGGAAACUAAUGCAGGAGAUGAGCAGAGGACAUGUCGACCGACUAUCCGGUGAGGGCGAAAUACGAUUAGAGAAGUCCGAGUCAAUAUGUCUCGCCAAGUACUGCAGUUUCGAAUUUCCAACCACUUACCAAUGGGACCUGCGUCGAUUUUGUUGGUCAUUUUUGCGACCACCUGUCCCUGACUUAGCCGCUACUGAGCAUGGUUGGUCCCCUGUCUUUGACGAGUUAAGCUCCCAGCUUCGUGAAAUCCGCAUCUGGACUAAAGCGACGGAACAAUUACUCCAAGUAUUUGAAUUUACACAGAGAGUCCUGAGCGACGACUGGAUCGUGUAUCCAGGGAACGGAUUACGACGAAAAUGGUUCGAUAAUUAUCAGAAUUUCCAGCAUGCCAUGGGAGGGGCUAUGCAGUCACAAGCACAGCCAACGGUACACAUUGAUGCAUCCUGUCUCUGGGACUGGGAAGAGUUCGAAACCCAUUUGAGAGCAAGGGAACGGCUGUGGGACCAGGAAGUUCCUCGUGAACUAGACCCUUCUAUGAACAGCAACGUUGCGGCCAUUAUAGGGCUAAAGUCUUUGGGACUGGAUUUCUAUACCAAACGGACUGUUCGGAUCAGAUAAUCAGUAUUGAUUGAUUGAAUAAUAACUUGCCCCGCGUUUUAAGCUUCCAAAUCC